AUGUCGAGACGCGCAAACUUUGGCGCAGCGCUCACCGGAGACGAUUCGGCUGCCUCCAUCGCGAACCGACCGCCGCCGUCUUCAUCUCGCGCUGCGGGCAACGCUGGGACAGACACGGGUAGCAGGCCGGGCGAUAGAGGGCACGGAGGAGAUAAGGGCAAGGGCAAGGCUCGCCCGGGCGGACAGGGAGGACAGGGAGGCCAUCGCGCUCAGCAGCAGGGAGGAGGAGGAGGAGCGACCGUCCCUCGCCGCGCAGAGCUCGCCGAGCGGGUCGCAGCAGUCAAUGCUGCCGCUCUCGCGAUGGCCAAGGCGGCGGAAGAGGCGGGCGAGACCGACCAGGACGGGACACUCUGCUUCAUCUGCGCAGAGCCUGUCCAGUACUGGGCUGUCGGGCCCUGCAACCACCGGACGUGCCAUACCUGCUCGAUCAGGCUCCGCGCGCUGUACAAGAAGAAGGAGUGCACGUUCUGCAAGACGGAAUGCCCAACAGUCAUCUUUACCGAGUCCGAAGACAAGCCUUUCGAGGAGUAUGGAGCCGAGGAUACACCGUUCAGCGAUACCAAACUCGGCAUCCUCUUCGAAUCCCGCGCUCAGCUCGACGACACCCUCUCCCUCCUCCGCUUCAACUGCCCCUACAAGCCGAACCUGUCCGACCCCUCCUCCGCCGCACCCGAAUCUCCCGCCGAAGCUUGCCCUCACAUCCUCUCCGGCUGGUCCGACCUGAAGCGCCACGUCCGCUCCUCGCACCACUGCACUCUCUGUGACCUCUGUUGCUCGAACAAGAAGAUCUUCGCGCACGAACACGAGCUCUUCGCCAUGUCGGCUGGCGGCGGACCGCGAGGGCGGAAAGAGACCGAGCUGGAUCUGCACCUGGAGAAGCAGCACUCGAUGUGCGGGUUCUGCAAGAGGUGGUUCUACGACUCGGACGGGCUGUACAAGCAUUGCCGCGAACACCACGAGGAGUGCUUCAUCUGCGUCCGGCAGGGCAUCCGCCACCAGUACCACCUCAACUACGACCGUCUGGAGCAACACUUCAAGGCCGACCACUUCCUCUGCCCUCACCCCGACUGCCUCGCGCAAAAGUUCGUCGUCUUCGAAUCUGAGCUCGACCUCCAAGCGCACGCCCUCGAGGUCCACGGCGUCGGCGCGUUCGACCAGAAGGCGCGCAAAGAAGCUCGCCGGAUCGAGACGCACUUUGUGUACUCGACGGGCGAGUCGUCGGCCCGCAACGAUGGUGGACGGAGACGAGCUGGGGCGGGCGGCCGUGCGCCUGCUGCGAGCUUUGUUGAGCCGACGAGGGAGGACUCGCGCGGCGCGUCUGCCGGUACAGGCGAGCGGCGAAUCCCCGGCCUCGGUGCGCCUGUCGCUUCCGGCAGCGGUUCCCGCGCGUCUCGCUUCGGCGGCCAACUCACGGCCGACGCCUCCCCGCCCGCAAGUGGCGCGACAACCCCGACUGGCCUCGGUUCCGCCGAGCGCGAUCCCGCUACUCUCGAACGUCACGCCGCCCUCAUGCGCCGCGUUCAGGACGUCACGCACGGCCACGAAGGCAAGAUCGCGGGCUUCAAGAUUGCAGUCAGAAGCUACAGGCAGGGCGAGAUGUCGGCGCAGGACCUGUGCGAGCAGCUGUACAACUUGCUCGACCAGCGGACGGACGAGGCGGGGUCGGUCAUCCUGGCGUUUGCGGAGUUACUCGAUGAUCAGGAGAAGAAGCGGUCGGUCCAGCUUGCGUGGCGCGACUUGCGUAGCGAGAACAACUUCCCUUCGCUCGCCGCGCUCAAUCCGACCCUCAACGGCGUCCCGACCUCUACGACGAGCACCUCACAGCGCGCGCUUUCCGCACAGCACCGCAGCGGCGGCAACCCCUCUUCGACCUGGGCCCGCGUCGAACAGGCGGCGACUUCGGCCGGUCCUGCGCCCGUCGCACCGCGCUCAAACCCGUUCCCGGCACUGAUGAGCGCCAGCAACGCCAAGAGUAUCCCUGGACUCGCCAAAGCCGGCGUGCAGAAGAAGCGUCCGGCCGGCAGCGGGACGGCUUGGUCGAGCGCUGCGGGUGGCGCGUCGGCCUCCGCGCCUUCUGCUGGUCCGAGCGCCUUCCCUUCCCUUUCGUCGUCUUCGCGCCCCUCGCCGGCCCGUACGCCAGUCUCCAUUUCCCGCCCCGGCUCGGCGGUCGGUUCUUCACGCGCUCCUCCCCGCGCCCCAAGCGGCCUCGACUUCCCCUCCCUGCAGCCGUCGGCAAACGAGUCGGAGAAGCGUGCGCGAAUGCGUGCGGCGCUCGCCAAGCCUGUCGGGCGGACAAUCAUGGACGACGGCGAGCAAGGCGGCGGGAUCUGGAACGGCAGUGGCGCGGGUGGAAGCGGUUCGGUAACGCCUGAGGGUGAGGAGGCUGGUGGAGCGGGACGGAAGAAGGGCAAGGGGAAGAAGAAGGUGGUGCUCAUGAGCAACGGACUCAUCUCGAGCCAGACGACCUAG